GAGAGAGAGAGAGAGAGAGAGAGAGAGAGAGAGAGAGAGAGAGAGACUGGGGAGGGCGCAAGAGCGCGCGAGUGAGCCAUCGGGUAAAGUGCGCGUGCUCUGUCGCCGCCGCCGCCGCUUCAGAGGAGAGGAUCCUUUUAUUCAGCCGCUGAAUGAGGAACGGAACAGAGGGAAGGAUGAACAGAUAGAUGAGAACAGGAUGAGUGAAUGAAUGAAUGAACGGAUCCUGACCUGGGCUUCUUCCAGAGUAUCGAACCGGUGAGAAGACACAAACAACGAUUUGGACGUCUUUCCACGCUGUGCAGACCCAGUAGAACUCCAGGAGAGUCUAAGUGAAGUCCCAGCAGCAUCAGCAGAAAUGGCUCCAGCAGCCAUGUCUGUGGCUCCAUCUUCCUCUCUCCGCCCCUCUCGUCUCUCCACAUCCCUCCUCUUCUUCCUCCUCUCCUGCUUUCUCCUCCUGUCAUGUCCUGGAUCGGUCCACGCAGGUUCAUCUGACACAAACUGCUCAGCUAGUGGAGACCCCUGUCAGGAAGGAGUGGUACUGCCUGUGUGGAACCCUCAGAACCCCUCUGUUGGGGACAAAGUGGCACGGGCCAUUGUUUACUUUGUAGCACUCAUCUACAUGUUCCUGGGAAUGAGUAUUAUAGCGGACCGAUUCAUGUCUUCUAUAGAGGUCAUAACCUCCCAGGAGAAGGAAAUCACUAUAAAGAGGCCGAAUGGUGAGACCACCACAGCCACAGUCAGGAUCUGGAAUGAGACAGUUUCUAAUCUCACUCUAAUGGCCUUGGGUUCUAGUGCCCCCGAGAUACUGCUGUCCGUUAUUGAGGUGUGUGGUCAUGGUUUUGAGGCUGGCUCUCUGGGUCCCAGCACCAUCGUGGGCAGUGCUGCCUUCAACAUGUUCGUCAUCAUCGCCCUGUGUGUGUACGUGGUUCCUGAUGGUGAGACACGAAAAAUCAAACACCUUCGGGUGUUCUUCGUCACGGCGGCCUGGAGUAUCUUUGCCUACAUCUGGCUUUACCUGAUUCUGAGUGUGUUUUCCCCUGGAGAGGUGGAGGUAUGGGAGGCGGUGCUGACCUUCCUCUUCUUCCCCCUCUGCGUGGUCCAGGCCUGGGUGGCCGACCGUCGCCUCCUCUUCUACAAGUACGUCCGCAAACGUUACCGUGCUGACAAGCACCGUGGCAUCAUCAUCGAGACCGAGGGAGGGGCGGACGGAGGGUUAGGAGGCAUGGACGGAGGAGUAGGGGGUGGAGCACUGGGUCCGGGGGGGUUCACCAAGAUGGACAUGCUGGAGCUGGACGGACAGUUGGCGUUGAACUGUCACAGCGGGAUGGACGGAGGGAUGAUGGAGGAGGGAGGAGCAAAGGACGAGGAGGACGAGGCAAGAAGGGACAUGGCGAGGACGCUGAAGGACCUGAAGCAGAGGCACCCGGAUAAAGACAUGGAGCAGCUGAUUGAGAUGGCUAACUAUCAGGUCCUGAUGCAGCAGCAGAAGAGCAGAGCGUUCUACCGUAUCCAGGCAACCAGGAUGAUGAUCGGAGCUGGCAACAUCCUCAAGAAGCACGCUGCCGACCAGGCUCGCAAGGUGGUGAGCAGCCAUGAGACCCAGGCCACGGAGGACGACCCUCACACCAUCAGGAUGGAGUUUGAACCCUCUUUGUACCAGUGCUUUGAAAACUGUGGCUCCUUGAAAUUGACCGUUGCUAGACACGGAGGAGACCCUGGAGUUACUGUAAAGGUGGAUUAUCGCACGGAGGACGGUACCGCAAACGCAGGUUCAGAUUAUGAGUUUGCAGAGGGAACACUGCUGUUUAAGCCAGGAGAGACCCUCAAAGAGAUCACAGUCGGAGUGAUUGACGACGACAUCUUUGAGGAGGAUGAGUAUUUCUAUGUUCACCUCAGUAACCCUCGAGUGGUGGGUUAUCCUGAGAUCGGCACCGUCCCGCUGGAUGCCAGUGCCACCCCCAAAGCCGUGCUGGGUGACAACCACACGGCCACAGUGACCAUCUACGAUGACGAUCAUGCAGGUAUCUUUACCUUUGAGACUGCCAGUCAGAGGGUAAGUGAGAGCGUAGGUGUGAUGGAGUUGAAGGUGCUGAGGACCUCGGGGGCCCGAGGCCUGGUGGCAGUCCCCUACCGAACCGUGGAUGGCACCGCUAGAGGAGGGGAGGACUACGAACUGGUAGCCGGCAAGCUGGAGUUUCAGAAUGACGAGACUAUGAAGAUCAUCGAGGUGAAGAUUAUUGAUGAUGAAGAGUACGAGAAGAACAAGGCCUUCACCAUCGAGCUGGGAGAGCCUGUUCUGUUGGAGAUAGGCCAGAAACACGGUGACUCCAAUGAGAACAAGCCAUUGGUGGGAGCAGAGGACGAAGAAGUGGCCAAGAUGGGAUGUCCCAGUCUGGGCGAGCACACACAAGUAGAGGUGAUCAUAGAGGAGUCCUAUGAGUUUAAGAGAGCAGUAAAUGAGCUUAUUUGGCGGGCUGACAAGAGUACAGUAGAUAAGUUGAUCAAGAAGACAAACCUGGCCUUGGUGGUGGGAAGCAGCAGCUGGAGGGAGCAGUUUGUCAAUGCGGUUACCGUCAGCGCAGGAGACGACGACGAAGAGGAGAGCGGCGAGGAGCGGCUGCCAUCUUGCUUCGACUACAUCAUGCACUUCCUCACUGUCUUCUGGAAGGUUCUGUUCGCCUUCGUCCCCCCCACGGAGUACUGGAACGGCUGGGCCUGCUUCAUUGUCUCCAUAUCGCUUAUUGGCGUCCUGACAGCAGUCACCGGUGAUCUGGCGUCACACUUCGGCUGCACGAUAGGACUGAAGGACUCGGUGACGGCUGUGGUGUUUGUGGCGCUGGGAACCUCGGUGCCAGACACAUUCGCCAGCAAGGUCGCCGCCAUCCAGGACCAGUACGCUGACGCCUCCAUUGGCAACGUCACUGGCUCCAACGCCGUCAACGUCUUCCUUGGCAUCGGCGUGGCUUGGACCAUCGCCGCCGUCGCCUGGCGCUCCAAGGGCAAGGCGUUCAAGGUGGAUCCAGGAAACCUGGCCUUCUCUGUCACCCUCUUCACCAUCCUGGCCGUGGUGUGUGUGAUCACACUGCUCUACCGGCGGCGGGCGACGGUGGCCGGCGGCGAGCUGGGCGGCCCGCGGACUUGCAAGCUGAUAACGUCACUGAUGUUCGUCUCGCUGUGGCUGGUUUACAUCCUGCUGGCUUCACUGGAGGCCUACUGCCAUUUACCAGUGUUUUAAAUGGAGAGGAGAGGGGAGGGAGAGAGACCUACUGCCAAUAUGAAGAGAGAGAGAGAUGGAGGGAUGGAGGAGACUUCAAAGAGGGAUGCGACAGGGAGAGAUGGUUAGUAGAGGUGGAUCGACAAGGGCCAAGUCUGACAUUUUCAUGGAGUCAACAGAUCUUUACAUUUUCUUUAUUUAAAGUCCAAAACAACUUUUAGUGUCUCUGAUAGACUUUUUUUCUCUUUACAUUUCUUUCUUUCCUGAAAAAGACCAAAACAUAAAACUCUCCAAUGUGUCCAAAAAAUAUGUUUUUUAGCAUUAGCAGCUCUUUUAGGGUAGGAGACCCACCAUCGAUCCAGUGAUGAAGAAACCUCUAGGAUACAUAGAGCCUCUAAAUUAAGAAAUAUUUAACUCAACACAUUAAUGAAAGGUUUUAAAGAGCCUCAUCACCAGUGGAUGACACUGUUUAAUAGUUAAUAAAAAGCUGAUACCGUUCCAGCAUACUGCCAAACCAGCAGGAGAGAGGAGCUGUUAGCCGGAAGGUGAAGAAGAGGUUGAAAGGUAAAAGUGGAAAAGUUGAGAGGAAGCUGGAGGCAACCAAACCAGAAGAAGUCUGUGUCAAGUUGAUGGAGAGACUAGAGAGAAAACAACACAGGAGAAAGUAAAAAAGGUAGAUGGGUAAAAAUAUUCGACACCCCCUCCUCACUCUCUCUAUCGCUCCCUCCAUCUUUACUGUAUCUCGUCGUCACGUGAACAGUGGAUCCUCCCAUUACACCCACUGAACUCUAUCUAAUACUAUCAGUGACUUACUUUUAACCCCUCUUCCCUGAACUGCACACACACACACACACACACACACACACACACACUUUGGGGCCCUCAGGUGAAUCUGCAGUGGAGGACCACGCACUAACUUGUGGGCGAACAGGCAAGAUAAAGACUGAUAACCUCUUUUUGUCUUGAUCUUUUUUUUCCUUCAUUUCUGAAUACACUGUGCAAAAUAGUCCUUCCUACAACACACACACACACACACACACACACACACACACCAGAUACUGUACACUCCCUUUCCUACGAACACCAUACAGACUGUACACACUCCUCUGUCCCUCCCUCUUGCCUUACUCCCAUCUCCCCUGUAGAAAUUGUCUCAAAGUUGUGAUAAAAACGCUGUAGUCACCAACCAACCCUCUUUUUAAUUGAGCCAAUCCCAAGUCCCUCUCCUUUUAAGCCAAUCAACAGCCUUGUUUAUCCCACAUAGGAAACGUACCCUCCUCCUUUUUUUUUUCUAAUCUUUUCAAUGGCGUCACGUGUUGAUGUUGUUACCGUGCAAUUGUAAAAAACAAAAAACAAAAAAAAACUAAAGACAAAUAUAGUCUGGCGAGAUGGAGAGAAAGAAAGUUAAAGUAGUAUUUUUGGAGGAUGGGGUGUUACUAAGGAUGUUGAUGAGCAGACUUAAGAUUAGAAAUGUAAGUCUGAAGGACCAACAAGUAAGCAGUCCACCUAGAGAUAUUUGUCUUUCUUGUAAUGAAGAAGCAUUGUGCAACACACAUUGUUUACAGUCUAAAGUUGCAUUAAAUGGCAAGGAAUAUGUGAACGCCAAGAGACAUCAACGAACAAGACAAAGGUGGGACCAAUCGGAAUGAAGGAUCUCACUGGUGACUUGACAACGACUGUGAAGAAGAGGACGAUGACAGUGUUGUUGAUGACAAAUCACAACUAUGACCAUACCCAGUGUUUCUAAUUGUACAUGAUAAUAUAAGAAACUGUUAUUGAUGUGUGUGAGAAAAACACUGAUAUUUAAUUUAUGUGAACUCCCCCCUCUUUGUAAGGAAAACCCUGGAGGAGGAAAGGGAAGAUCGAUGUGCCCCUUUUUCCUCUGAAACACAGUUUAAGAAGACAUUUUAAGGAAAUCCAUCACAAGGGAAAAAAGGCUAUACGGCUGACGGUGAUCGCAAAACCAGACACGACUGGCAGACGGAGAGAGGAGUUGAGUGCUCUGAGGGAAAUGUACGGCAGCUCUGAAAUAUCAUGUUGUAACGUUGUGACGUUUCUUUGUACGCAAAACAAAAAUCAUAAGCCUCUGUUAUCCAAAGAUUUAAUGGAAGAAUACUGUCACAGAUCACCAUUCAUUUUCAGAGUGCAAUUUUACCUUGCAGCAUUGUAUAAGUCCCACAAGCUAAAAAAAAAAAAACUGGCAAGUUUAAAUUUAUAAAGUUCACACUACAGAUGAAUAUGCUUAACCAUUGGUAUUAUUUAUGAGGUUGAGCCUUUAUCAAAAGCUGUGCUAUUUAUUUUGUGUUUGUGAAAAGUUUGUCGAUUCAGGCAUGGUUGUGAAAGUAAAAGUAAGAUAUCAGAGUAGCUUAAAACAUGAAAUUAACCAUUCUGUUAUUAUUUGUCUGUCUGAGAAAGUGUCAAAUCCAGAUUUACAUUAUGUAAUGUUAUGUUAAAUAUUCCUGCCCAGUGGCUUGGGCUGAAGCAGGACAGAAGGGACGGCAUAUGGCUUGUCAGUGUAAAUGAUUGUUAAAUGUAUUCCCCUUGUUAACAACAGCAUAGAAGGACAAACUCUGCAGCCAUUUCGCCCGCAACUGCCCACAAAGCUGUUUGUACACUUCUGAGAGAAAAUCCUGAGAGAAAACAAUAAUUUAGCUUUUUGUUAUAUCCCUUUUCACUAAAAUGGGACUGAAAACAACAAUUUACCUGCCCACGACCCGUCUUCUUAAAUAUGGACAAAUUAGCCGCUGCUUUCAUCUCAGUGUAAAUGCAGGCUCAGUCGUGACCAGGCUGAACACACACCAGCUUGUCUGACGCGGCCUUGCUAAGGUCAGUUCUCGUGCAAAUAGAAGAUAAGUGACGAUUUAGAGCAUAGGGGCAUUGAUCUGUUACACCUUCCCUCAAAUGUGACAUUUUAAAUGCCACACCAGUUGCUUUCACUUUCUGACAGCUGUAAAGGAAAGGAGAAAGUGGAUUAUUCCCAACCCUAAUGGUAGAAAAUAGGUGAACAAUAGUUUUCCAGCUUAGAGUUACUGCAUCAGCUGAGUCCAGGCUCAGCCAAGAUUCACUGAUAGAAGGAGUUUGGCCUCCUGCCAUGAUGCUCCUGAUCUAUUUCAAAAGAAUAUUUCUUGGCUUCAAAUAUUUAACUUUGCUGUCUAUAAAUUAGACCCAGAUUUCUAACUCACAGAAGAGCUGCUCUGGAGCUCAGAGGGAAGACUCUUCAGCAUGUUGGGUGCUUACAGGGCCAUAGCCAAGAUUUUAGAGGUACUGAGGUCAUGAGUCCCCAAUGCAACCCUACCUUCCAAAUGUAUUUUUUAUAUAAUUAAUACAUUUUUAUUCUUUUUGAUGGCCUGAAGGUAAAAUUUAAAUAUAUUAAGCCUAACAUGACUAUAAGUCUACAACCAAAACAAAAUAGUUUUGAAAUUAUUUUGUCAUUGAAUGUCUGCAUUAAAUUUAAUGGAAAUUCAUUCAAUAUUUGUCGAGACAUUUCACUCAAAAUCCCAGAUGUCAACCUCAUGGUGGCGCUAGAUUGAAAAGUUGAACAAUCACCAAAGUCAAUAGGAUUUAUCCUCCUGGUAACAUGAAUGCUUCUACUAAGUUGCAUGGCAGUCUAUCCAAUAGCUGUAGAGCUGUUUCAUUCUGGAUGUGGUGGACUGACCACUCGGUAUUGUCGUCCCUAGAGCUAUGCUAGCAACAUGACUACAAACACUGGAAUCAGAAUGUUAUCUUCCCCCACAAAUCUCUAAAAUACAAAAGACAUGACCUCAGUGUCUUCAGUCGCAGCUACAGCCCUGGAUUCUUGUUGACAUGACGUUUGACUCUGUAUCACCCAGCUGACUAACCAUCCAGAUCCUCAUUGUCUCAGCUUCCUCAGUCGUUUCUGUAGCACUCAGCACAUCCUAAAACACAGUGAACCCACCAUGAAGAGGGUCAUCAGCCAGUUUUACAAGACUGGCAUGGCUCCUGGUCUGCUGAGACGGCAGGACGCACGCCGGUUCAGACUGUAUUUCUCAAUGACUUAAGCUCCUGUAACAGUUGCCAGUUUAAGAAUGAGUGGGCAGGAUAAUAGUGCUGCUGACGCCACAGGAACACAAGAAUACUGGGCCUGAUUUAGAAAUUCUGGCUUUUUAAAGGUUGAUAAGCCUAGCUGGAAAACGGCUGAGUGUGUGUCUGCGUGUGUGCAUGCUUUCUAAGCGAGUGAAGAAAUGCAACCAUAUUUUUAGUCUCUUGCCUGUUGCUUAGCGACCAUCUAUCUGUAAGCCGUUGUCUUCUUGACUGUCGCUGGUGUGUGUGAGACAUUGUGUGUGUGUCAUUCUCUUUUGAUGUUGUCUCUCUCUGCUCGCCCUCCUUCGUUUAGUGACUGUGACAAUAUAGUUUCUCAUUCAUUUCUCUCUCUCUCUCUCUCUCUCUCUCUGCGGGUGAAUUUCCACAUGUAUUAUCAUCAUCAUAUGUUCAUUUCAUGUUCAUCAUGUGUUUCUUUUACUUUAUGAUCCUUGUGCCUCCCCUUGUUUGCAUGUGUAUCCAUUGUGUGUAGAUCUGCAUGCGUAUUUGUGCCUUUGUUUGAGUGUGUGUCGGUUGGUGUUGUAAUCUCCUUAUAAAAGGGCUCGCCCAGUGUGUCCCUGGCUGAGUCCCAUACGCUAGAUUAAUGAAUUAGAAUGCCAACCUGACCCACAGUAAAAGACUGGAAAUUGGAUUCCCUCCCUUGUGUGUGUGUGUGGGAGAGAGGCAGGUAGAUUGUACCUGGUACGACUCCCUUGCCAGCCGUGUGUGUGUGUGUAUAUGUGUGUGUGUACCUGUCAAAAAAGAUUAGAUAUAUAAUAGAUCUGGCUGUCGAUCAAGACUGGGAAUAGAUGGUGCUUAAAUAAGUGUGUGUGUGUCCAGUAUGUGAGAAACUGUCAUAUUGAGGUCGCAGACUCCAUUGGCUGAUGGCUAGAUGUGGACACAAGUGUUAAUUUAUACUAAUGUACAGUACGCGCAGAAACACAGAUCAAUAUGGGAAUUAAUCAAGCCACACACAGACACACACACACACACACACACACGCAGUGCUCGGUAGUGCUGGUGUUUUUUUAUUUUUAUUUUACAGUGUAUUAAUGGAAGCUGUGUGACAGAAACUACAUAUUUCCAAGUAAUGUCACGCUUCAGUUUGGUUAAAAACUGACUACGAUGGUGGCCUGAGAUGAAAUGUUUGAGGUAUGAAGAUUAUAUUGUGGUAAACCUGGAGGUUGUCAUAUUUACAUAAUCCUUUUAACAAUGUCUGUUUCUUACUGCGUGUCCUCUGGUUUUGAUUUUCCAACAUCACAAGAGUGAAAUGUCAUGAAUGCAAAGCAAAACAGAUUACAGUGUUUGUCAGAUUUCAGAGCCACCCUUAGCCACACUCUUAUUGGCGCCACCAUCUGUUCUCAGCUCUAGUAGGCUAAUUCAUGAAAAAAGGGAAUUCAUCAAAUUCCAAACAUACUGAUGAAUAAUACUCACCAUGUUUAUAUUUUUAAUUGUUGAAUGUCACCUUACAAUUUGCUAAAACCCCAAAUAUCCCAAAACAACUACCAAGGACGUGACCUCAGUGUGCGCAGUGUUAGCUACAGCCCCGAUGACUCUUCCUCACAGUGAUCAGUGCUGCUGAAUGCUUUCAGACAUGUUGACAUAUAAUGUAAAGGAUUUGUUCUCUGAGCACGUUUGUAAAGAUCCACUAUUUACAUUAUUUGUACUAACAGACUGGAAAACAUCCUCUGUGUGUGUGUGUGUGUGUGUGUGUGUGUGUGUGUGUGUGUGUGUGUGGGAGUGAGAGAGAGAGACAUUUAAACCCACAUACGUUAAUCAGCCACUAUCUAUUUAUAACUCUUUCUUUAUUUUGAACCUUUUUUCCUCUCCACUAUUAGCCACUCUAUUGCUCUCUAUCUUAUAAAUAUUUAUAUAUUUUAUCACUUAAUAUUAAUUUUAUUCAUAUAUCAUGCAGCCCUAUUUUUGAGGUCACAAAGUGCUUUUGAUAUAAAUAUCUGGUGUUUUUCAUUUUUCCAUGUAUUUUAUUAUUGUUAUUAUUAUUUUGUUGCAUUUGUUUCCACUGUUUUGUGUUGUUUUGGUGGUUUGUUUUGUUUAAAAAAGACCCUCAGAGUAGAGCAGCAAAUUAGCAUAGUAAGAAAUAAAAGUGAGUGUGCUCUUAUCCUUCUUAUCGAGAGUGUGUGUGUGUGUGUGUGUGUGUGUGUGCGUGUGUGUGCAUGCGAGUGGGGACGCGUGCAUUUCUUCAUAUCAUUCCAUCCACGAGUGUGUCGAUGCAUGAAUUAAACUCAUUCUGAAUACAGUGUUGAUGUUGGAAAUGUCGUAGUAAAGAGUAAGGUAUUUUUAAAUGAUGAAAAUGACAUGACAUGAAAAAUGAUAUAGGUGUUUACAAAGACCAAACCUUUUUUUUCUCUUGUUUUUUUUCUCAAAGAUGAAAUAAAACUUGACUGGCAAAUGCUCAGAA